UCAUGAUCGCCGCGACCUUUGCUACCUAGACAUACUGACCGUCGUAUUUUUCCAUUCGUCUCGUCUCAUGCUCAGUCGACAACUUUUUGCCAGUGAAUUACGCGACUCCUCCCCGGAACAUGCCGACGCCCAAUGAUGCGAUGCUGUCGCCGCCGGUGGAGCAUGGGAGCACCGCUGGCCACGCAACAUGCCCGCCAGACGAGUCGCGCAUUGCUUCUACGGUUGAAAUGAUGGAAUCUGGAACCAUGGCGACCAACAACAUUGCCGCGUCUGCCCUCGAGCCUUCAAUGCAGCAGCCCACACCGCCGCCGGAAGUGUCUCCCGCACCCCAACCACUAUCCGUCGACUUCAAGCCUGCAAACACACACACAGAAACCCCAACCAGGGACACUCCCACGCCCAUGACUGCAACCGAUGAUGGCACCGAAGACCAACGCGCAUCUCAAACCUCACCGCUCUCUGCGAACACGACUACACCAGCGCCCACAUCAUUGCUCGCCAGUCAAUUAUCAUUGCCAUAUCCAACUCAAAGGUUCCACCCCAACACAUCUUCGUCGCGCCUCCGCCCCGGCAGCCGUUUCAAGGGCACGCAGACGUCCGACCGCCAGCAAUACGAAGUGGAGGUUGAGAUCAAAUAUGUCGACAUGCGCGAAUCGUUCAUGUGUGGAUACUUGCGCAUUCAAGGAUUGACCGAGGACCAUCCUAGUCUGGUCACAUUCUUCGAGUCUGAGAUCAUCGGGAGCAAAUAUACCUUCAUCACGCAACAUCCCGAGUGGGGUUCGAAUGAAAAAGUCGAUCGCCAACACUGGGCACGUUUCCCGGCAUACAAACCUCUUUCGAAGCACUCCUCGCGAUCUGAUCUGGGAAUAAAGGAUUGGGUGCAAAAGGAACACUUGUUCAUGCGCUGGAAGGAAUCUUUCCUCGUUCCCGACCACCGGGUCAAAUCAAUCUCGGGUGCGAGUUUUGAGGGGUUCUACUACAUCUGCUUCAAUCAGAUUUCAGGAAACAUCGAAGGCAUCUACUUCCAUGCUAAGAGUGAGAAAUUCCAGAAGCUGCAACUAGAGCACAUAGAGGACCACGGGUGUCAAGGCGCAAUUGAAUUUCGGUGAUUGCAAUUGACGGGAGCAAUUGGUAUAUACUGGCAUUUGGCGCGAUAUUGGGUUUUGGCUUCUUGCAUCCGUCUUCUUUCGACCACGGUCUUUUGUGUUGUGUAUGGUGGUGCACUCCGCAUUUCUUGCCUAAGAUUAGGAAUUCUUUCAACGCCCAAAUGGCUUUCAAGGCAAUCUGAUAGCAGCAAACAUUACGUCAUUGAUACCUCGCAACUAGAUCGC